AUGCAGAGCGAGGCCAGUAGUCACACCGAGGUGACGGAUGCCACCAUGGCGGAGGCAACCAAGGAGCAGAUGAAGGAACUCAAAUUCAAUGAGAAGAACCUGAUCAUUCACACUCCGCCUGGCGUUAAUGAAGAGCUAUCCGCCAGGUUUCUGAGCAGCUUCGCCUUUGUCACCUUCAAGCGAAGAUCCCCAGCACUUAUCAGGGAUUUGGUGACGUUCCUGCGGGAUCGGGAGCCAGAAAUCGUAAAGGAGUGCGGGGACUAUGCCCACUUCGAUUUGAAGCGAACCGUCUGGAGUCUGGAGCUGCUGCGCGGGGAGAUGAUCAACAACGACGUGUUCCAGAUAUUCCGGGUCAAGGCCCCGGACACCGACAGCUGGAACCAGUUUCUGAUGAGCCUCAGCGAGGACAGGAGGCAGUGGUUCUCCGCCGUUUGGCUGCACGCGGAGUGCUACAUGUACCGCCGCAUCUGGUCCAUCUUCCAGCGCUCGGAGACCCUCGUAAAUUACGAUUACUUUGGUGACCAAAAGAUGUCGGCCGCCAGGAGUGUGACCCCCCAGAUGAGGGACAUCCUGCGUGCCACCAGGAUGCUGGCGCGCAGCAAGGAGAACUUUCAGCAACUGCUUAAGUUGUCCGCCUGGGCCAAUCGCUGCGAUCUGUCCAUAACAGACGUGGGUCCGGAUGCCAAGAUAUUCGCUCGGAUCAAUAGGUACGACAAGCAUCUCUUGGCCGAUCAGUCGGACGAUAUUUGGAAGGAUCUCACGGACGCUUGUGAGCCCGUCUACGUGGACAUCGUGUGCGACAAUGCGGGCUUUGAACUCUUCGCGGACCUCCUGCUGGCUGAGUACAUCAUCGAAGCGGGCUUGGCUCGGCGUGUGCGGUUCCAUGUGAAGGCUAUUUCCUGGUUCAUCUCGGACGUCACCCACCAGGACUUUCUCUGGCUGCUGGGCUACUUCCGCAAACAUAGUUUCCCCGAGUUCAGGGCUUUCGGGACGAGGAUCCAGGGUUACCUGCGCGAUCGCUCGUUUAUCCUGUGCGACAAGAGCUACUUCUGGACGAGUGGCCACGACUGCAGCCAGAUGAAGCGGGUGCAGCCCUGUCUGUAUGUGUACAUCAGCGAGGCCGCGCUUGUGAUCUUCAAAGGUGACCUAAACUACAGGAAGCUGCUCGGCGACAUCAACUACCUGUCCACCGCCAAGUUCUCCGACUGUCUGCGUGGCUUUCAGCCAACCAGCGUCUGUGCCCUGCGAGCCAUUAAGUCGGAUAUCUACUGUGGGCUGCCCGUCUGCACGGUGGAGUGGCUCACGAAGGACAAUCCGGACUGGAUGAUCUCCGGCGAGAAGGCCGUCAUCCAAGUGGCCAUCAAGCACAGACUGUCGAGCGACUUCCUAGUUUGACCUCCAAGAAAUGUGACACAGUUUGGUUUGAAUAACGCAAUUAACAGCACACAUAUAGACAACA